UUUGCAGCCAUCCGUUUUCUCUGUCAUUGAUGGUUAAAAGGCUAACUGAUUCUUUGGUUUCUCUCUGUUUCUUGCCCAUGCUAUGCGUUUUUACUUUCCUGAAGAUACGGACACUGCACCGCCAUACGCUCCGUCCAUACGACCGCUGUCCAGCCAUCCACCACAUCUCCACUCGCAUCAUUCAUCCGAAUUUAACCCAUCGCAACAAACGCAUCAACCAUCAUAUACACCUGUCAGUAACACGGUCACCAGUACCUUCCCGCACUUUCAAUUCGACAAACCUUAUCAUGCGCCAUGGCAAUCUUUGGGCACCUGGACUCCAUCGUCCGUACCAUAUUGGCCGCAAACCACCUACAAUAGACCUGCCGCCUUCUCGUCACCUCGACCAUCCAAUGGCGCCGUAUUGGACACAAUGGGAUCUCAAUACGCUGCUGAUCAAGAGGAUACAGCUGUUCUGGACAAUCUUGUGGAUCCAACGCUUCACGGGCCUCAAAGACUGGGUCUUGAAUCAUCCUGUCGGCAGGUGAUGGAUGAAGUGGGAGAGUACCUUGCUUUCAUCAACGACACUGUGACAACAGCUGCGACGGAGUCACAAGCUGUGGCAUCCGCGCCGUGUAUCAUGGACUUUGAUGUACCUCGGACCACUGGCCAGGUAUGUAACCAAUCUUGCCGAAUGUGUCUACAUGUACAUGCUCGCUGCUGCAAAGAAAUACGCUUUGUACAACAUCAUAUAUAUAACCUGGACUGAUGCCCAAUUCCAACUCAAAAUUUCAUUUGUUGAAGCAGUCAGCGACAAGUCGAUGGGAUGCUAGUAAUGCGCCAAAGCCCCUGCACGAAAUUGAACGAGCCAUGUCGUGGUUGGAUGUCAACUAUUCCCCAAAAGGCGGAGACCGCUCUAGUCGCGCGAACUCGGAGAUCGAUGUAGAUGAUCCGCUGGUACACUCACCAACCUCUCAGCAGAGUGAAUGCACAUUGAAAUCCCUUCGCAUGGACGAUAGUCCUGGCUCAGCUGUUGGAAAGGAUGUUGUUGAGUUCCUGGCUGAGUCGGAACCACAAGAAAUUAACGUUCGGAGGGUAAGGUCCGAUGAGUCACCGCCUCACGUGCGUAAACAUUCGCAUGUCACACCAUCCCUCGGGAAGUCACACUCUCCGCGGGAGACUGUCCCAACAAGCAAUAUUGCAAGCAAGGACAUUACGGAGACGUCGCCGUCUGCAUCGUCCGGCUCUCGUACAGUUCACAUAUACCCACGUAAAGCUACAUUGUUGAAAUCAUCCCAAUGCAAAAGGCGUAUGUUCCUAGAGGAAGAAGUGCUGUGCACUCAAUGCUCCGUGAACAUUGCCCGUGCCCAUAUAUUUGGGCGCGAACAUCAACUAGCAGCUACAUACGCAUCUGAUGUCGUCUGUUUACCAUGUGCGGCCAAAAGGGGUGCCGCGCCCGACGAGCCUGCUCUUAAAAAUAGGCGUAAAAGGGUCUGGCGAAAUCCUAGGGAACGCGUUAUCCACUGCGAAGUUUGUAAAAAUGAUAUUGGAGUCGGGGGAAUGCGAUUAGUGGGUGAUGAGAUUGGUGUGCCGGUGACAAAGACGACAGUCAAUGGCUCUGAACAUACAGUGUCUGUCCGUGGACAGUGGAUUGAACCUGCUUUUGGCACAGAGUACAUUUGUCCAGCAUGCACGGCAAAGUACGCCUUUUGCACCGAAUGCGGAGGAGGAAAUAAACAUCGAACUGGCAAGUGGCGCCCGAUACAACUGUUUGCAUCCAGCCGCAAAACCUGCCUCCUCCCCCACAUUCGUCUCGGCAAUGGACCAUUUGAAUUCGACAUUUGGCGCGUCCCUGAUGAGCUGCUUGACCAGCAUCCCAAAUCAACGGUCGACAGCAUUCUCAAAAAUGUCAAAGGACUUUAUGUCGAAGGAAAGCUGGUUGUACUAGCCACCCCUCGAUACAUGGAGCAAGUAGAGGACAUUGGGAGUUGGGAGAAACUAAUGAAAAGAAGUCAACUCUGGGAAGAAGUUUGCGAACGCAUUGUCGGACGCACCGAAUGGCCAUCCAGUACACCCUCUGCGACCCCACCCGCCGCCGAGACCGAGCAAGGACACGUGAGACGAUACCUAGCUUGCGCAUACAUUGCAGCAUCCAAACCCCGUCGACAUAAAACCAAACGUCCAUCUCGAGCCAACAGCGCCGACGGAAGCACCGAAGGCUCCUCCCCUCACGAAAACCCUUCUACAACACCACCACUCGAAAACGACCGAACCAUGGUCGCAUUUAUUCUCGGAGAAUGGAACACCCACCACGGCACACUCUUAUGGUCCUACGCCAGCUCAAACGACCUUAACCCCACCGGUAUCACCAUGCGAACAUUUGCUCUCAUCAUGGACCGCGUUGAACGCGAACACCUCCAAGAAGUACGUACCUCCCACCCCACCCACCUCGAACACAUCAUCAUGGGACAACGUAAAGGCCGUGAACGCCUAAAAGAUACCCACCCCUAUACCAACACCACCACCCACGUCGAAGAAGAAGGUUCAAAUGAUACCCGAGGACCCGGUGGCCGCGAAGCACUAGAAAAACGAUUCGGUGUCAUGAAAGCCGAAGAGUACCUUCAAGUCCUUCAAGGAGAACUGGUUCGUCAUUCUAUGCAAUUUGAUCCAACUGAUUCUUCUCUUCCACCACCACCUCGCCUUCCGUCCCCCGAUUGCUUGACAUUAACCAUGAUCCCACCCCAUUUGAGACAUAAUUAUCAUUGUUUGGUUGCACGCUUUGGACCUUUUAAAAAAGAGUAUGAGAGUGCUUUGAUCAAGUUGGGGGGUGCGGGUGGGGCACACAAGUUGGGUGCAGUCGGGUAGAAUGGGGGCAAAGCAAUGUUCUUUUUCUUUUUUGUACCAUAGCAG